UCAACCCGGGAUCGCUGGGGGAAGGACCGCGGUCUGCAGGGGCGGGCGGGCUGUGGGGAACAUGGCGGCGGCGGACCUCGCCCAGAUCGCCGAUGUGGACAUCGAUUCCGACGGCGUCUUCAAGUACGUGCUGAUUCGAGUUCAUUCGGCGCCGCCGUCCGAGGCCCCGGCCGGGGAGAGCAAGGAGAUCGUGCGCGGCUACAAGUGGGCCGAGUACCAUGGUGAGGCUGACAUCUAUGACAAGGUAUCGGGCGAGAUGCAGAAGAAGGGCUAUAGUUGUGAGUGCCUGGGAGGCGGGCGCAUCUCCCACCAGAGCCAGGACAAGAAGAUCCACGUGUAUGGCUACUCCAUGGGUUAUGGUCGUGCCCAACACUCCGUCUCCACUGAGAAGAUCAAAGCCGUGUACCCUGACUACGAGGUCACCUGGGCCGAUGACGGCUACUGAGGCCUGCCCAAGGGGCCAGCUGUACCCCCUGGCCAGGCGCUGGAGACCAACACCAGCCUGGCCCAAGUGCCCCGGUUUACCUCACCCACAGGAAUUAAAAAUGUUAUCACCCCUGCUGUUCCCCA